GGUAUUUUAAUGGUUAACCUGGAGAACUACAGUCGAUUUGUUUAAAGCUGCGACGUGGAAAGUUUGAAACCUCGCUACGUGACAACAUCACGCGGGCCUUCAGUCCAUACUUUACAUGUUAGAUCUUUAUUGGAGCAUGUGUGUGAAGAGUGUGAGGACAGCUGAUUAUUAUAAAGGUUAGUGGACUUGAAGUACAGGAGAGGGGGAAAAAAGGAGGGUGAAAGCCAUGGACGGAGCAGUGGCUGUUCUUUUAAUCUCUCUCGCGAUGUUUGUGGGAUGUUUUCUGCUCGGACUUAUUCCAUUACUGAUCAACUUUUCCCAGCAGAAACAGCAGUUUAUUACCGUGCUGGGGGCGGGGCUUCUGUGUGGCACCGCCCUAGCGAUUAUUAUUCCGGAGGGGGUGGAGCUACUUGAGAGAUCCUCUAGAGAUUCAUUUUGCUCAGCUGUAACAGCUAGACUGAAUGCCUCAGAUGCGAAUGCUACUCUCAAGCCUUCCACCGAGAAAGGACUGCGUCCCCACGUCUUCAUUGGAGCGUCACUGGUCCUGGGCUUCACGUUGAUGUUUGUGGUUGAUCAGAUCGCUGACUACUGUUCAUCACAUGUCUCACGUGCAAGCGUGUACAGCGGCAGCACCACAGCGACUCUGGGUCUCCUCAUUCACGCAGCAGCUGAUGGGGUGGCUCUCGGUGCAGCUGUUGCUUCAUCUCAAGUGUCAGUUCAGGUCAUCGUUUUCUUUGCUGUGAUUUUGCACAAGGCCCCAGCUGCAUUUGGUCUUGUCUCAUUCCUCAUGCAUGCAGGACUGGAGAAAAGCACAGUUCAGAAGCAUCUGCUGGCUUUUUCAUGUGCAGCGCCUCUGAUGGCGAUCAGCACCUACUUCAUCCUAAUUGCGACGGGUGGAUCUUCAGAGCAUCGUCUGGGUGCGACAGGAAUCGGCAUGCUGGUCUCUGCUGGGACUUUCCUUUACGUGGCUACGGUGCAUGUGCUGCCUGAGAUUAACAGCAGAGGACAGCAGAGAUCCGGCCACGUCCACCACCACCAUGCAGAAACAGGAGCGUACCAUCACACGGGACUCGGGUUAAUGGAAAGCAUCACGCUGGUCGCUGGAGCUGGACUUCCUGUGCUCUUAGCCCUCGGCCUACCUGAUGAAUGAAGAACUGUUACGUUGCCAAAGAUGCUGCUGCUGUGGCUCAGAGAUCAUCACUGCAUUCAGGGUUUUUAUAACUCCUUUUCAAUUUCCAGCCUGUAUGUACACAUCUGCUUGACAGCUGUACUGCGAUGGGCCUCUACAUUCAACACCGUUCAUGCAGCAUGCAUGAGAUUACAUCAGCAGCGUCAGCGGUAAUGAAUGGACAAGGGUGAGAAGAUUAUGAGGUUAAUGCAAGGUCAGGUUCUACAAAUAUAUUUUCACAGCUACACGCAGAAAUAUUCCAGAGCCCUUGAAGCAGAUGUGUCACAGUUGCUUUGCGUUAACGCUACAGGUGCCGUUACACGUGAUUCAGUGGCAAGUGGGCUGCACCAAAAAGGUUAGUUUAUUGACUAAUAACAACAACAGUUCUUCUAGUUGUUUAUGUCACCAGCAAUGAUCUGAAAAUAAAGGCACAAAUGGACUGAAUACAGUCAGGUCUAAAAAUAUUUGUACACUGACAGAGUUAAUCAUUCAAUUCAAUUCAAUUUUAUUUGUAUAGUGCUUUUAACAAAGAGCAUUGUCUCAAAGCAGCUUUACAUGAGAAACGACAUAAGAAAACAACAAACAUAUAAACAGACAGACAGACAGUCCUAGAUGUUAUCCCAAGUGAGCAAGCCUGAGGCGACUGUGGCAAGGAAAAACUCCCUUAGAUGGUAUGAGGAAGAAACCUUGAGAGGAACCAGACUCAAAAGGGAACCCAUCCUCAUUUGGGUGACAAUUGUGUGAUGCAGAUACAGCAUGUGUAUAGUGUUAUGUAAAUUAAUAAGGAGGUUGUUGUCCACAGCGCUGCUUGAAUAUCCCAAUCCUCACAAGCAGAACCCGGCUGGAGGUGGUCCAUCUCCGGAUGCCACUGGAGCCGGCACAGUCUCUGUAUGCCUCGGGAUGGGUAGAAGAAGGGAAACAAUGGAACAGCAUUAGCGUAGCUGUUGUUCAUAAUAUUAGCAGUACUAGAUGAUAAUGUGCAUUUAAUCAGAUGUACUUGAGCACAAGGUUAUGGGAAGUGUUAAAUGUAUGCCAGGCUAAAGAGAUAAGUCUUUAGUCUACAUUUAAACUGGGAGACUGUGUCUGAGCCCCGAACACUGUCAGGAAGACUAUUCCAAAGUUUUGGAGCUAAAUACGAAAAUGCUCUACCCCCUUUUGUGGACUUUGAUAUUCUGGGAACUACUAGAAGUCCAGAAUUUUGUGAUCCUAAAGAGCGUGAUGGAUUGUAACGUGUUAGAAGACUAAACCAAUUAGAGCCUUGUACGUAAGUAGAGCUAAUUUAUAGUCAAUUCUAAACUUCACAGGUAGCCAGUGCAGGAUUGAUAAUAUUGGGGUUAUAUGAUCAUAUUUUCUUGAUCUGGUAAGAACUCUGGCGGCUGUAUUCUGGACUAACUGUAGCUUGUUUAUUGAAGAUGCAGGACAACCACCUAGUAAUGCAUUACAGUAGUCCAGUCUGGAGGUCAUGAAUGCAUGAACUAGUUUUUCUGCAUCAGAUACAGAUAAAAUGUUCCUAAGCUUGGCAAUAUUUCUAAGAUGGAAGAAGGCUGUUUUUGUGAUCUUGGAAAUAUAAUUUUCAAAGGAUAAGUUGCUGUCUAAUAUUACACCCAGGUCUUUCACUGUUGAGCUAGUAGUAAGAGUGCAUCCUUCUAGGUGCAAGCUGAAUUGCGAGAGCUUCUGUGUACUGGUUUUUGGGCCAAUAAGUAAUAUCUCUGUCUUGUCAGAAUUUAAUAAUAGGAAAUUAUUGGUCAUCCAAUCUCGAAUAUCUUUGACACACUCAGUUAGUCUAGACAAAUUAGAUAUUUCAUCUGGUUUUGAUGAAAUAUAUAACUGGGUAUCAUCGGCAUAACAAUGGAAACUAAUCCCAUGCCUUCUAAUGAUGUUACCCAAUGGAGGCAUGUAUACUGAGAAAAGCAGAGGUCCUAAAACUGACCCUUGUGGGACCGCGUAUUUCACUGGCACUACACUGGACAGUUCUCCAUUUAAAUCUACAAAGUGGUAUCGAUCAGACAGGUAGGAUCUAAACCAUUUUAAUGCCUGUCCCUGCAUACCUGUGUGAUUUUGUAAGCGAUCUAUGAGGAUAUUAUGAUCUAUAGUGUCGAAUGCAGCACUAAGAUCAAGCAGGACUAAAAUGGAGAUGCAGCCUUGGUCCGAAGCUAAAAGCAAGUCAUUUGUGAUUUUAACUAGUGCAGUUUCUGUACUAUGAAGGGGCCUAAAACCUGACUGAAAUUCUUCAAGGAUAUUGUUUUCCUGUAGGAAGGAGCAUAAUUGAGACACCACCUUUUCUAAUAUUUUAGAUAUAAACGGAAGGUUUGAAAUCGGUCUGUAAUUCGAUAUUACAUCAGGGUCUAGUUUCGGUUUCUUAAGAAGAGGCUUAAUAACUGCUAGCUUAAGAGAUUUUGGGACAUGACCUAGAAAUAACGAAGAGUUAAUAAUAUUUAGAAGAGGCUCUCCAGCUGCAUGUAUCACUUCUUUCAGCAAUCUGGUUGGAAUUGGAUCUAGCAAACAUGUUGUUGGUUUAGCCGUGGUGAUAAGUUUAACUAGCUCUUCCUGCCCUAUGCUGGUAAAGCAUUGUAGCUUUAAGUGUGGAGCUAUAGGCUGGUCUGGAUCACCGGAUGCCGUCAGUGGUUGAACAUCCAAUAUUUUGUUCCUGAUACUAUCGAUUUUAUUAGUGAAGAAAUUCAUAAAGUCCUCACUACUAAACUGUGCUGAAAUACUCUCUCCAGAAAUCUGAUGCUUUGUUAGUUUAGCCACUGUACUAAAUAAGAAUCUGGGAUUGUUCUGGUUUAUUUCAAUCAGAUUGCUCAGAUGCUCAGCCCUACCAGCUUUUAGAGCCUGUCUAUAGUUGGCCAGACUGUCUUUAUACGCAAUUCUAAAACUAAUUUGGUUUUUCUCCACUUUCGCUCGAGGUUACAGGUUGCUCUCUUGAGGGCAUGAGUAUGACUAUUGUACCAUGGUGCAGGUGUUUUAUCUCUGACCUUUUUUCACAGUAUACUGGAGGUAUUUGUACUGGUGUUACGGGGAUGUAGUAGUUUAGUGGUUAAGGCGUUGGACUUCUGAUCAAAAGGUUAUGAGAUUGAAUCGCAGGUCCACUGCUGGGCCCUUAGCCCUCAACUGCUCAGUUGAAUAAAAUGAGAUAAAUUGUAAGUAACUCUGUAUAAGGGUGUCUACCAAAUGCCAGACAUGUAAAUUAAUCAUGUUAUCAAGCUAUAAUUCAUGGGUGUGUGCAUCAGAUUCAGUUGAUCUGUGUAGGAAUGACAGCAUUUUACAGCAGCCCUUUUGAAGAAGCCAAAAAUAAUAAUAAAAAAUAGAAGCUGCAUCAUGGCCAUGGCUCUUUGCAAGAAAGAACGCAGUGUUGACCUCAGGAACACCAAAAGACCUAGAAGGCCAGUGGAAAACUGUAGUGGAUGACAAGAAUUCUUUCCCUGGUGAAGAAGAUGCCCCUCAACAGUUUGCCAGAUCAGGAACCCCCUCAUGGAGGUAGUGGUAUCUGUCAAAGUCAAAAAUCAAGAGAAGACAUCACUAGAAGAAAUAUAGUAGGUUAGAUUUAAGCCUCAAGAACAGGAAGACCAUCUUUAAAAAAAGAAAAA